UAAGAAUAGUCAUAAUAACAAUAGGUUUUUUAUUGCGAAUCAAAUAUUUCAGCAUGUUUUAGUCGAAAUAUUUUGCGUGGGACUUAUUGUCAUUUUUAAAAUGAAAGUAGUGUUUACGUCCCUUACCUAGCUUUGCAGUAGCUGAUACUAGCCACUAGGAAAGCAAGAUUGCUUGAUAUUCAAAGAUGCUUAGGGGACGCUUAAAGCGAGUGACAUCGGCUGUUGUAAAAUUACAGCAACAGGAGAAAUGUUUCGGAACACAGGCAGCCCAUAAAAUAGCCCCUGUGUCAGAUAACUUGGUGCAAAGCUUGCAGAGGAUUGUGGGUAGUGGCAAUGUCUCACAGGCAAUGGCUGUGCGGGAGCAGCAUGGGAAAGAUGAAUCAUAUCACCCAUGUGCUCCUCCACAGGUUGUGGCCUUUGCUGAAAGUGUAGAACAGGUAUCUGGUGUAACAAAGCUUUGUAAUGAGCACAGAGUUCCCCUGAUUCCGUUUGGGAGUGGCACUGGACUGGAGGGAGGAAUUAAUGCAAUCAAAGGUGGAGUAUGCCUGGACGUUAUGAAAAUGGACAAGGUGAUAGCUGUCCACCCAGAAGACUUUGAUUGUCAGGUGGAGUGUGGUGUAACCAGGAAGACCCUCAAUAAUUACCUGCGAGACACUGGGUUAUGGUUUCCGAUAGACCCCGGAGCGGACGCCUCCCUGUGUGGUAUGUGUUCCACCAGUGCCUCGGGAACCAAUGCAGUGAGGUAUGGAACGAUGAGAGAGAAUGUUUUGAAUAUGGAGGUGGUUCUGGCAGACGGCAGGAUAAUUCAUACAGCUGGAGAGGACAGACGUACCAAAAAAACAUCAGCAGGGUACAACUUGACCAAUCUUUUUGUUGGAUCAGAGGGAACUCUGGGAAUUAUUACCAAGGCAACACUCAGACUUCAUGGAAUACCAGAAACAUCAGUGUCUGCAGUGUGUUCAUUUGAAAAUAUACAGUCAGCUGUAGACACCACAGUACAAGUUCUGCAGUGUGGCAUUCCGAUGGCAAGAAUCGAGUUCUUAGAUGAGGUGUCUGUGGAUGCUUGCAACAAAUAUGCCAAUAUGGACAUGAAAGUGGCUCCAUCACUGUUUCUAGAAUUUUCUGGAAGCCCCAAGUCAUUGGAAGAGAAUGCAGAAAUUGUUGGUGACCUUGUAAAAUUGAAUGGAGGAUCCGACUUCAGAUGGGCCACAGAUGUUGAUGAGAGAAACCGUCUCUGGAAGACAAGGCAUGAUAUUCUGUAUGCCUGCAUGGCACUCAGACCAGGCUGUAAGCCUUAUUCCACAGACGUCUGUGUUCCUAUGUCUAACCUUCCUAAGGUAGUCGUGGAGUCCAAGAAAUACAUUGACGAAGCUGGAGUCAUAGGUCCCAUGGUAGGGCAUGUUGGUGAUGGCAACUUCCAUGUCUUCUUCCCUGUUGAUCAGAGCAACCCAGACGAAGUCAAAACUGUCCAUGACGUGUCCGUUAAAAUGGCAUUACUGGCCCAGGAGUUGGAUGGUACCUGUACAGGCGAACAUGGUAUUGGACUUGGGAAACGAGAGCUUUUACUUAAAGAAAUCGGAGAGACUGGAAUCGAAGUGAUGCAGCAAUUAAAGCAGACACUUGACCCAAAUGGCAUCUUAAAUCCAGGCAAAGUCUUCUUCUGAAGGAAAAGUCCACUGAUUUCUAGACUUCUGUUAUUUGGAUUAAAAAUUGAUUUAAACUGUAUGUAAAGGGAAAUUGAUGAAUGAUCUAAAGGACUGUGUAUGAUUAGCUAUUAGGACAUAUAGUAGAAAUAUUAUAUUAAUAUAGAUGCUUUUUGUUAUUAUUACAUGUAAAUACAAUUUAUUUUAUAUCAGUUCCUUUGUAAUGUACUAUCAGUUUGUUUGUACAUUUUAAAAAUAUUAUUCUAUUACAAGUACAUGUAUAUAGAUUUUAUGCAUUAAUACAGGCAGAAAUUAAUCAAAAUGUUGCCCCUUUCAAAUUGUUAAUGUUUCAGGUUGUUGAACAGAAACCUACCAGAUGAGUUCAAAACGUACUGUAAAAGUAUCAUAUGUUUGUGAGCACUUUUUAUUUCUGUAGACUUGUAUUUUAUGAAGUUCUGAGAUGUGAUACUAUUAGUGUGUAUAUGGAUGGUGCUAUUAAUGAUCACUUGAAAAAUUGUGAUAUUCAUUGACUUUUUCUUACCUUUCUCCAGAAUAAUUUUUAUAAUGUUACAUUUAAUGUAAUACAGUAAAACACAGUUAUGGUGAACCUCCAGGGCUGGCAAUAAACAAUUCAUUAUAACCAAACUUCAUUAUAUCCAAGAAAAGUUUCAUUAUUUUCCUCUCAUAAGGGAAUAAAUAUUGCUUUGUAAUAAGUGUGAAUUCGUUAUAAGCAUGUUUGGCUGUACAUGUAAUUAUAAAAAGGGCAACUUCAUUCAAGUAAAAUAUCCCUUCCAAUGUUUAUAUUGAUGCAUGAAAUGCAGUACAUGUAAUUACAAGAAGGGACACCGAAAGUAAAAUAUUCCUUUGCAUAUUUUAUCACUUGCAAAAUAAACAAAAGUCAACAUUUCUAGAAUGUUCAGGACUUCCAAAAGACGUAUGGUUCAGUAAGGACUAUGUAUGAAAACAAAAGCAUGUAUUUAAUAUUAUGAUUUAAAAUUAAAGGGUUAUUAUGGAUUGAAAUCAUUUGUAAAACUUUUUUGUGAAUAUGUUGUACUGUUAAAUGUAAUCAGAUAAUGAUGAUUGAUGAUGUUAUUUUUAUUGUUUUUGUUGCUGAUUAUUUGAAUAAAGAAGAUAAAGAUUUA